GGGACAUUUCGGUUUAGUGCCAAAUUGACUUUAACCUAAGAUAACUAGCUUUAGGAGUAGAUUACAAUUUAAUGUUCUUCACUGAAAUCCAGUUUUAGCACUGCAUUUAUCUGGGGUCUAACUGAACCCCAACAUACUAGCAUGGUGUGUUGCAAUUUAAAAGGGUAACAUAUCCGCUAAUUGUGAUUGUUGCACAGUAGACUGAUCAUGAAAAAAUUCAUUCAGCUACCUACAAUGUUUGAAGUAACCAAAUUGCUAUCUUCGAUGGCAUUUUGGAAAUUCGAAAAAAAUCGGUGCUGGGGUCCCGAAAUACCCCAAGUUCUAGCACAAGGGUUAAAAGACCAUUUCAAGACGUGACAGAUCGAGACUAUGACUUGAAAAUCGAGUACUUUUACGACAACCAUCACUAAGUUUCUGUAAAUAAAAACAUUAAUCGAAAGUUGUAAUAAAGAAAAAAAAGCGAAGGUAUAAUGAAGUAGAAUGACAUCAAUUGGAAAAUUAUUUGCCACAUUUACGUACGAUUUAUUGUUCUUUAGUAAUGAUGUCCAGACAACUGCAAUUGCCGUUGCAGUGGCUGGUUCCCUAUGUUGCUCUAUAGCCUAUGCUAUCGUCCAUCUUAUUACCAAGUUACAUUGUCUGAUCCCAGCAGAACUCGAGGAAAACUAUGAUGGAAUGUUCAACAAAGAAAACUUAACUCUUACCCAUAUAAAAAAUCAGAUUCAGAAGACAUUCCAGAAGUCAUCAACUUCAUCUACAUUUCGUUUUAGAAAGAAAAUAAAAGAUUGUUUACAAUGUGAAAGGGAAGAGAGCAGUUUGUGUUGUUUAAAUGAGUCUUGUUAUCACCAAGUCUUAUCAACCAAUAAUAUUCCAUUUAGACCUCUUCAUCUUGACCUCAGUUGUAAGAGGUAUAAAGAUGUUCCUGAGAGGUUAGGAUUUGUUGGUUCCCAGUUAAAACUAUUAGAUCUCUCUGAUAAUAAUAUUAAAACAUUACCAGUAGAUAUAGGUUUAUUAGUAGGUUUACACAGUUUAUACAUACAGAAUAAUUUAUUACAAACCAUUCCAGUGUCCAUUGGAUCUCUGUUAAGUUUAACAUCCCUUGAUCUCGCCAAUAACCAAAUCAACAACAUUCCUGAAAGUUUUUGGAGUUUAACUGGUUUAAGAUAUUUGAAUUUCGAUACAAAUGGUCUCACAGCUUUAUCAUCAAGUAUAGGUCUGUUGGUUAACCUACAGACUCUAUCUUUACGGUCCAAUAAAAUUACCCACAUUCCAGAGAGUAUCGGCUGUUUAUUAAACUUAGAGGUUUUGAAUAUUUGUGAUAACAUUUUAACAGUAUUACCUGAAAGUUUAUCAGGAUUGAUCAAUCUAUGUGAAGUCAAGGCCAAUAACUGUGGUCUGACUUCGUUACCAAGUACGAUAGGAUCUUGUCAGUCAUUAAAAAUAUUACAACUUAAUAAUAACAGAUUAAGAGAGUUACCAUACAGUAUUGGUCAGUUAGAUAUAGAAUAUUUAUCAAUCUCUGAUAAUCAACUUAAAUAUUUACCAUCCAGUUUACAAGAUAUCCUGUCAAACUUCUCUAUUCAUUGUGAUAAUAAUAACUUUUUAACCAAAGACAGAGUAGAAGAAUUUCUACAGACAGUAAAUGAAUGUGAUCAAGAUAAAAGAAUGGUACCGUUAUCAUUAGUUGAUAUUACUGCUAGAUGUAUCUUUGAAUUAAAUCUGAAACACAUUGAUGUUUUACCUUAUUCAUUACAAGUCAUGUUAAAGGAUGGAGUAAAAUGUGAUAGAUGCAGAAGACAAGUGUUUCGACAUAGAUUUUACAACAUCAGUAUUAAAACUGAAAAUUGGGUCCAACCUUCAGUGCCAUUUCUUCUUAUUUAUUGCUCAAAACAUUGUCAGUUGUUAUAA